ACGCUCAGCCAUUUCGGCCCUGAAGCAGGUUGUGCAAGCAAAAGAGGACCGUGCGGAGCACUACGAGAUUGCUGCCAUUGAGAUGCAGCAGAGAAUGGCCAUCAUGGAAUCCAUUCUGACGCCUGACCAGCGCCAGCACCUGGCAUCAUUGCCGUUCUCUUUCGAGAUCGACCGGAAUUCAGAGUUUGCUCAGGCAGUACAGAUCCUCCAACGCCAGCCCGCCGAUGACCCGGAUGGUGCUGUGUCGCCACUACAACAGCAGCCGCACCACAUGCCAGUUUCGGGUGCCCCGUCGCUUGGUCUGUCGGGUGAGCAACAACAACAGUCUGAUCAGCUUAGGCCAAUGCCAGUGCUGCCUCUGAGUGCGCUUACUGCGCCACAGCGGCUUGAUACCAGCGCUGGUCAGGCUGUUGGCGCCGACAAGGAUGCGAAGCGCGUAGCGAGACCACUCUCUGGCCUGCAGACAAAAUAUACAUUCAAUGAUCGUCCUGUGCACCAGCUGCCACGGGUGUUUUCUGGAGAUUACAGCGCUGCCGACAUGGACGCCAUUGAGACAUCCGCCGAGCUAUUUGCGAGCGUCGUAUCUGCCAGCUCUGCUGACUCGCAGACUGUUGAAGAGAUAAUUGCCAGCAAGCUAGCACUAGAGAAGCAGCAGGAGCACCAACAGCAGCACUCUGCAAGCGAAUUGCCUCCGCCGUCAAAGACAGCAACUGCUUCGCCUUUGAUGGACGUCGGAUGGGUGUGGCGAGGCUUCCUCCAGCAAAAAGCCCAAGCCCAAGCCCAAGUCCAAGUCAAAAUCGAAGAAGAGCAGCGAGCCGAAGCGUCGCAGCCGGUUCUUCUCCUGCACUGCGGCUGACAGGCUUCAAUUCGGUGUCCGAUACGGAGGAUGUGCCCAAAGUACCGGACCUCGGCACUCGGCGGCGUAGCCUGUCGUUGGGCGAUUCGCAGCGGGGGGUAGUUGUCAACGUCACUGUCCCGUCACCUCGUGGUAAUACCAGCGCGUCCUCGGACAAGCGCGCUAGUGCGCGGUCAUCAUCGCUGAUUACGUCGUGCCCGAUUCUACAUACCCCUGCGUAUUCCAGCGACCACCGCAAAUCUGCUCGACGC